AUGUCGAUAGGAUCAAUUGUUAUGAGCCUUCUACAGGUUCGGCAGCAUCGGAACAAGUUCAGGCAUACUGCUGCCGAUGCGGCUCGGUACUUGACUUCCAAGACGCACCCUAAGUAUGGAUUGGAAACGUGUGUUCGCCUGUACGCUCUGCCGUAUGCCUUGCUCAUGUGGAGCACGUUGGCUUUCGUCGUGGCGGUCGGAUUGCUGUGUUUCCAGAAUACGUCCACAGUCGUGCGUGCGACAGUCGGCGGAUCCGUUGCCGUAGUAGGCGCUCUAACAUGCUGGUGCAUCUACACAGCAUGGGAAAUCAACGAAUGGUCGUGGUGGACAAGAAUCACGGAGUUGGUAAUGGAGCAAUCGAAAAAACUCGGAUGGAGGAGCGCUUGCGCUCUAAUUACGGGACGCCAGGUCGUUAGACCGAAUGGGAGUCCUGACCAUGUAUGA